GUCUUGAAAGUAUACAUAAGUUGAUGACGUACUACGCAUCCAUAUGCAAGCAAUGACUGAAAUAAAGCUUCAAUAGGUUGGAAUAGGUCCAUCUCCACGGGAUUCAUCGUUGAUUUGUGUGUUUGGGAUGUUUAGCUGAUUGAGGUACAAUGCCACCCACGUCGGGGAAGCGACCGUUUCCACAGUCAGCCCCAGAGCCGCCUCAGGAAACAUUCCAGGGCACUACAAUCAUAGUUAUUCACCCUGGUUCCCUGAACCUGAGGAUAGGGCGUGCUGCUGACACCUUUCCAGUCACUAUUCCACACUGUAUAGCAAGGAGACACGAGGAGGCAGGGCAGACAAGAAAAGAGGAGGAAUGGGUGGCCAGGAAUGAAGCAGAGCAUCCUGGUAGUGAUAAGCAAAGACUGCAAGGUUUGAAGGAAGUUGAGGAAUGUGUUCUAAGUCGACCCAUGUCCAGGGGGGAAUACAGGCAGCCAACAAAUCAUAAACAGCUAUGCCAUUUCAACAACAAAGUAAAGGCUGAUGUGUCAGAAGUCAUGCCACAGAAGCAGUGGACCAGCACGCAGACAGAACCAGAUUACGUUAUAGGGGAGGAGGCUUUAUUCAUCCACCCACAAGAUUGUUAUACCGUGUACUGGCCGAUGCGGAGGGGCCAUCUCAACAUCCAUUCCGGCCCUGCAGGCUCACUGACUGCAGUAAUGGCAGACCUGGAGACCAUUUGGGGAAAUGCCAUUGAGCAGUGCCUGGAUAUACCCAUGAGAGAUUUCAAGCAUUAUAGGAUCAUCUUGCUUAUUCCUGAUAUCUACAAUCGUCAGCAUGUCCGAGAGAUGGUGAACAUGCUUCUGGACAGGCUGGGCUUUGCUGCAGUGCUUCUUCAUCAGGAGUCUGUGUGUGCAGUAUUCGGGGCCGGUGUGCCCACAGCAUGUGUGGUGGACAUGGGGGACCAGAAGACCAGUGUCUGCUGUGUGGAGGACGGCGUAUCACAGGUCACAACAAGAGUGUGUAUGGAGUAUGGUGGCAGUGAUAUCAGCAGGACGUUUCACUGGCUACUUAAACGAGCAGGAUUUCCAUACAAAGAAUGCAACUUAAAGAGUCUACAAGAUGCCAUGUUUAUACAAGAACUGAAGGAAAGACAGUGCCAUCUUGACCAGGACAUGUUUGGUUCCCGUGACUACCACUUCCAGAUCAAGCACCCCGGGCAUCCCAUUGUCAACUACUCCAUGCAGGUGGGGGAUGAAACCAUUCUUGCGGCAAUGUCUCCCUUCUUCCCCGAUCUCCUUGGUCUGAAGGGUGCUCAUCUGGUGAGACUACAGCCCAAGGGGGAGAGCGACCCGGCAGAUAUCUUUGAUGAUGACUAUCUGGCACAGACUCAGAGCAAACAGGAACAGGCUGCCAAGCUUGUUGCAGCACGAAAGAAAGGUACCACAGACCAGUCCUCGCAGCCUCUACCAGACAGCUCGCUCGGCCAAAUGGACGACACACAGUUCAGCACUCAGGCCUUUGAUGAAGACUCCAAUGAUGCCGGAGAUAGCCUCUCCAUGGACGCGGCUGCAAGCAAUACGCCGUCUACCAAGAACAGUGGAGCUUCAAAUCAGACGAAGAAGCCAGAAGAGGAGCUGGCCACAGACAAACUUUUAGGCCUUGAACAAGCCAUACUUCACAGUAUUGAGAAAUGUGACACCGAGGAGGUCAAGAAGAAGAUGUAUAGCUGUAUAGUUGUUGUUGGUGGGGGGCUGUCACUGUUCAAGGCAGCUGACAGCUGGCUGCAGUAUAGAGUGUGGGUCCAGAUGCCAGCCGCAAUGAGGCUGUCUUUGGAAACUAUGGAUGUGAUUACCAAUCCCAAGGAGCUUGAUCCCAGGAUAACCUGCUGGAAAGGAGCUGCCAUAAUGAGCUGUUUGGACACAUCACAGGAAAUGUGGAUUCGGCAGCGAGAAUGGAGAACUGUUGGACCAAGGUUACUGCGCGAGAGGGCAGCAUUUGUGUGGUGAAUUACAGAGACCAAAACCACAGUGGAGAAUUGUUGGACCUAGGUUACUGCGGGAGAGAGCAGCAUUUGUGUGGUGAAAUAUGGAGAUGACAGCCAAAGUUGAGAACUGUCGGUCCUAGGUUACUGGGUGGAAAGCAGCAUUUGUAUGAUGAAAUUUUAAGACCCCAGCGCUAGUGGAGAACUGUCGGACCUAGGUUACUGCGAGAGAAAGCAGCAUUUCUGUGGUAAAUUAUGGAGACUGCAGCGAGAAUGGAAAACUGAGCUAGUGGGACAGAGCUGCAUUUAUUUGGUUGUGUUUGGAGACCACAAAGGGAGUGGAGAACUGUUUGAUAUAAUAUGGUAAAAUAUGGACAUACUGACUUAACAGUAGGAGAAGAGAUAGAACUGUCAUUCCUAGGCUGUUGUGGGAAAGAACUUUAUUUGUGAAAAUUAUGAAUUUGAUAGCAGGGUUGAAAACCUGUAGAAAUUGGGUUACUGUAGAGAGGGCAUGAUUUGUAUGGUAAAGCAUGAAAAGUAUAUGAAAGUGGGAGAACCAUAGAACCCAGAAGAACAUAGAACCUGUGGAGAGGAAGAGAGCACCAUUGGUGUGGUGAAAUAAUGAUGUGACAUGCUCUACAUUCAGUCAGUCACUUAAAACCACUUCAUAGGUUUUUAAGUUCAAACACAACAAACUAGUAUAUUGUGUUUAAAAAAUGUAUUUUUUUUGUACCAGUCAUGAUUAUAGAUCAGACUGAUUUCAAUUUUUUUAUACUGUAAAUAAAUAUCUUUUAUACAAUUUA